AUGGCCAAGUACCCUGGCCAUCGCGUGCGUCUCCGCAUGUUCCGCACGUGGAUCCAUCCGCGAUGGUUUUCAGCGCCCUGGUGCAUUCUCAGCGCGGGCUUCACAACUUGUUUCAUCGUGUGCCGCGUGCAGUGCCAUCACCUCCAGCGCGGCACUUCCAGCCACGCGAGCCUCUGGCGGCGGCGGCGCAGGGCGAGGCUGCGCGAGCGGGACGGCCCCCCUCCCCGCCCCGCAUCUUGGGAAGCCCUCCCGCCCUCCAAGAAGUUGGCCGCCAUGGGGUCCUCCGUGCGCCCCCCCUCCGCGUACCAAGCGUCGCUCUUGCCUACACUAAACCUACAUGAGCGGCAGAAAGAAUCAUCCCGUCUUCCGCGAGAUGACGGCGGCUCUUCUCGGUGA